AUGAGACCAUGGCCAUAUCGAGCAGAGGUGGCAGAUGCGGGGGUGAUAGAUGAGUAUGCACAGUAUGUGGCCAUACAUCCCUUUCAACGGAUUUUAGAUCCAACAGAGCCAGUACCACCAUUUGAGGAUGAUAGGGCUUCGAGACAGGGGAGGAGGAGGAGGAGGAGGAGAGUAGAUGGGGGAGGUGGGGGAGGGAGAGGAAUUGGAGAUGGGGGUGGAGGAGGUGGUGGAGGUGGAUUAGGUGGUAGGGGUUUGAGGAUAGGCAGGGGUGGGAUUCCUUUGCAGCUACGACAGGGACUAGCAAUAGCAGCAUCAGGAGAGAGGGAAGAGGGAGGAGCAGGGUGA